CAGGCAAAGGGCGAGGGCCGCGGUUGGGGUUCUGGUCGGAGAAAAGGCUCAAGAACUUGGUGACGGGUUGGAGGCCUGGUUGCCAGGUGAUAGGAAAAGGAACUGUUGCUUAGUGACUCGGGAGGGUGCUGUUGCCAGGUGACAAGAGAAUAGUUUUUUAAUGAGCGGGGAAGGGGUGUCUUCUGUUUCUAGGCGACCAGAAGAAACCCUGUUACCUAGAGACAGGAGAGGAGGAGUCCUCUAUUGCUAGCAGGAGCUGAGGGCAGCAUGUCCCAGGCCCCAGGAGCACAGCAGAGUCCACCCUCCGUGUACCAUGAGCGGCAGCGCCUGGAGCUGUGUGCCAUCCACGCCCUCAACAACGUCCUGCAGCAGCAGCUGUUUAGCCAGGAGGCUGCCGAUGAGAUCUGCAAGAGGCUGGCCCCAGACUCCCGGCUGAACCCCCACCGCAGCCUCCUGGGUACUGGCAAUUAUGACGUCAACGUGAUCAUGGCAGCCCUGCAGGGCCUGGGCCUGGCCGCCGUGUGGUGGGACAGGAGGAGGCCCCUGUCCCAGCUGGCCUUGCCUCAAGUACUGGGGCUGAUCCUGAACUUGCCCUCACCUGUGUCACUGGGCCUGCUGUCCCUGCCACUGCGCCGGCGGCACUGGGUGGCCCUGCGCCAGGUGGGCGGCAUCUACUACAACCUGGACUCCAAGCUGCGGGCACCGGAGGUCCUAGGGGACGAGGAUGGCGUCAGGGCCUUCCUGGCAGCCGCCAUGGCCCAAGGGCUGUGCGAGGUACUGCUGGUGGUGACCAAGGAGGUGGAGGAGAAGGGUUGCUGGCUGCAGACCGACUGACCAGCCGACAGACCAUCUGCCCGCCCACAGGGACUGCCUCAGUGCUGCCUGGCACGGUGCUCGCAACCACAGCCAGUCUGAGUUCAAGUGCCGGGGAAGGGCCUGUGUGUGCCGGCCCCUCCCCAUGUUCCCCACUCCCCACGCCGCUGCUGCCUCAAUAAAUCUGCUGAUCUGCUCCA